AUGGACGACUGGCAAGACCACGCGCUCAGCACGCGGCACAUGCACAACCGCAACAGCCGGCGGGGAUCUGGGAGAGGCAAGAAGGGCGCCGCAUUCGACGUGCGCAAGGCCUUUGGCGAAUACAAAGUCAAGUGCGCGGCGUGGGAACGCGCACUGGGCGAGCUCGAGGUCGAUGGCCGCAACGACGACGAAGCGGGUCUGGAGCUGCUCCGGCUCACCGAGGACGGACAGGGCGUGCUGGGCGAACUGGUCCUGCCCGGGGUGCUGCGAGCGAGUGUCGUGCUGGCUGCGAGUCGCAAGACGCUUGCCGUUACCACGCGGCAGCUGAGCGGCGAGGACGAGGAUUCGGACGAGGGCGAUGAGGAAGGGGGUUCGGACGACCAAGACGACGGCGAAGACGACGGCGAAGAAGCGCCGAAUCGCUUCGCCACGUUCGAGAAGAACAGCUUCCGCAGCCCCAAGUUCUGGCUCGCGUGGAACGGCACCCUCACCCUCGCCAAAGAAGACACACCGCCGCCCUCUCCCGCUCUCGCCCGCAAAGGCAGCCAGCUGCCCACGCAGCAGUGCGCCGCCGAAGGCCUGGGUUACGUGACGUUUACCGGCAACGACUGCCGCAAGUUCAAGGGCACGCUGAGCUGCAGGGAGCUGGGGUGGAAGGACGUGGCGGUGGCGGGGUUCAAGGCCGUGUCGAGGAGCGAGAGCGAUCGCCAGGUGUUGUGGGCCGGGCGGGAUGCGGAGACGGGGUGGGUGGAGCGCGAGGAUGGGGAUGGGGAUAGAGGGGCGCGCGUGGACGCGCGGAGGAGGGUGAUUUUUGACUGA